AUGUCUCGUCAGUCCUAUGGUUUAAGCAUCAGAGGAGGAAACAAGGGAUUCAGCUCUAACUCUGUCUCCUUAGGGGGUGGAAACAGAGUCAGCUUCAGCACUGCUUCCACAUCCCGUGGAUAUUCUGGCCGUGGUGGAAGCACAGGUGGGGGCUUUGGCAGCAGGAGCCUCUAUAACCUUGGGGGCAGCAAGAGAAUAUCCACUGGUGGCUUUGGUGGAGGUUUUGGUGGCUGUGGCCAAGGAGGUGGAGGCUUUGGAGUUGGUGGUGGCUUUGGUGGAGGGCUUGGUGGUGGCUUUGGUGGAUGUCUUGGCGGUGGUUUUGGUGGAGGGCUAGGAGGUGGCUUUAAUGGGGCAGGUGGCCCCAACUUUCCAGUAUGCCCACCUGGAGGGAUCAAGGAAGUGACCAUCAACCAAAGCCUCCUGCAGCCCCUCAAACUGGAAAUAGAUCCAGAAAUCCAGAAAGUGAGGACUGAAGAGACAGAUCAGAUCAAGACCCUCAACAACAAAUUUGCCUCCUUCAUCGACAAGGUCCGCUUUCUGGAACAACAGAAUCAAGUCCUAGAGACCAAGUGGAAACUCUUGCAAGAGCAAGGGCCUGGUUCCACUCAGAAGAACCUUGAUCCGUUGUUUGAAAGUUAUAUCAACAACCUGAGAAGACAGCUGGAUUGUUUUCAGAAUGAGAGGAGAGGCCUGGAUUCAGAGCUUAAAAAUUGUCAAGAUCUGGUGGAAGAUUAUAAGAACAAAUAUGAAGAAGAAAUUAACAAGCGCACCCAGGCAGAGAAUGACUUUGUCCUCUUGAAAAAGGAUGUGGAUGCAGCUUACAUGAACAAAAUUGAAAUGCAAGCAAAACUGGAUGCCUUGACAGAUGAAAUCAACUUCUUGAGAUGCCUGUAUGAAGCUGAACUGAGCCAGAUGCAACAGACUGUUUCAGACACCUCUGUUGUUCUUCAAAUGGACAACAACCGAAACCUGGAUUUGGACAGCAUCAUUGCAGAGGUCAAGGCACAGUAUGAGGAAAUUGCACAGAGGAGCCGUAUAGAAGCAGAGACUUUGUAUCAAUCCAAGUAUGAAGAGCUGCAGGUCACAGCUGGGAAACAUGGGGAUAAUCUACGAGACACCAAAGCCGAGAUCUCUGAGCUUAACCGGAUGAUGCAGAGGAUACGUGCAGAAAUAGAUAAUGUGAAGAAGCAGUGUGAGAAGCUGCAGGCUUCUAUUACAGAAGCUGAGGAACGGGGUGAAUUGGCACUCAAGGAUGCCAGAGACAAACUUGGAGAACUAGAAGAUGCUUUGCAGAAGGCCAAGGAAGAAAUGGCCCGUCUCCUGAAGGAGUAUCAGGAGUUGAUGAGUGGCAAACUGGCCCUGGAUGUUGAAAUUGCCACCUACAGGAAAUUGCUGGAACUAGAGGAAAGCAGGAUGUCUGGAGAGUGCCAAAGUGCUGUGAACAUCUCUGUGGUUGGCUCUACCACUCACGUUUCUGGUGGUGGCUAUGGUGGUGGCUAUGGAGGAGGAAUGUCCUUUGGAAGUGGGUCCGGUGGCCUUGGUGGUUUCAGCUCUGGAGGUGUAAGCAGCAUUGGCAGUGGAGUAGGUGGAGGAUACAGUUCUGGGGGAACCAUUGUGAAGAAAACUACUACAUCAUCCACCAUCAGGUCUACAUCUAGGAAACAGUAAGCAACAGAGGCCGUGAUAAUGUAACUGAGGAUGAAGACAUUCUUCUGGAAACCUUGGUCAAGCCACAUUGAACCCAGCCCUGGCACCUCUUGGAGAAAUGAACUGUGUCCGUUUUAUAACCACUAUUUCUAUUCUCCCCUAAUAUAUUUAGACCUUGCAUUCUGUUUUCUUAACUAAUUGUAAAUACAUUUCAUGCCUCCAGAUAUAGAUCAGGUACCAGCCAAGUACCAUCCAUAGUAUUGCUGUAUUUUGCAUUAACCAAAGGCAAUCAGCAUUAGGUAGGUCUACUGAGUUUAUUGAGGAAAGUGUCUUGCUCUACUUCUGUGCCAUUCACAAACACUUUGUCUAUUGGAGAACAAUUCCUGUGUUGCCUCACAAGAAUGAUCACAUGUCUUAAAAUAUUCCAGAAUGCUUAUUGGCUCUCCUUUCACAUAAAGAAAUUGUCUUCUCGACGGCAGACUGAAACAACUUGAGAAGGCCUCAAACAGACUUAGUAGCCUCAUGAAGAAGCAAUGUUAGAAAAUUGUUGGACAUGUUGGAAUGUUGGAAAAUUGCUUUCUGUUAUUGUUCUUUCCAGACUGUAGUCCUCUGAAUGAGAAUCACAGAGCAAAUAGUGUGAAUGUCAGCAAUAUCAAAGUUACUGUUCACAUGGACAUGGCCUUAGUGUUUUGUCUUUUCAUGCAAAAGAAUAUUGUAUCUGAUAUUAUUCUGUGAUUGCUUGUUCUACUGACAAUGAUUUUCAAAGUAAUAUGUGGAGCUAAAAUUAUAACCGCUCCUUUUUGAUCCAGUCCAAAGGACAUGAUCACAGUGAAAAUUAAACUCUUAUAAUUCCUACCAAUUUCAACAGGAAAGUUUAAAAGACUGGUUUAAACUGCUGCUGUUAAUGUGACUGAGAAAGAUUUAACUUUGGCUGAAUUGUACCUCAUGCACUUUCUCUCCCUCUUUCUCUUGCUUUUGCUUUUUUUUGUAAUGGCCUGGAAUCUUUUUCAUUACUCAUUUAAGUUUUGGUGGUUAUUCUUCUUUGAUGUGACCAUCUGCAUCUCAUUAAACUCUA